AUGGCUACUGCACAAUCGGAAGAACUCUAUAAAUCUUUCUUAACCAAAGACGAUUUUUUUGGAUAUGAAGAUCCAGAGAAAUAUGCCAAAUAUAUCCCCAAAUUAGAAGCAUACAGACAAAGAUUGGCCGAUGCCAUUCCCAAGGAAUUGGCUACAACUUUACCAAAACCAAGGGAUGAGUUGAUUGCAGAGCAAUUUGAUGCUGUUGAUUACUUGUACAAGGCUAAAUUGUUAUCACCAAAAGAGUUUGAAAUUACCGAUACUCCUGCUGCUACUUUAUUACAGAAUAUUGCUUCUGGAAAAUGGACUUCUGUCGAGGUGUUUAAGGCAUUUGCUAAGCGUGCUAUUUUGGCUCAUCAGUUUACCAAUUGUGCAAUGGAGUUCUUUGUUGACGAAGGAUUGAAAAGAGCUGAGGAAUUGGACGCAUACUAUAAAGAGCAUGGCAAAACUAUGGGUCCCUUACAUGGAAUGCCCAUAUCGGUGAAAGAACAUGUUGCAUAUAAGGGAAAACCUUUACAUGCAUGUUAUGUUGGAUUAAUCGAUAAUAUUGCCACUGAAGACUCUGUUGGUCUCCAAAUUAUGAAAAAAAUGGGUGCUGUAUUCUAUGUUCGAACUUCCCAACCCCAAACACUUAUGCAAUUAGAUUCAGGUAAUAACUUUACUGGGUUGACCAAAAAUCCAUUCAACUUGUUGUUAUCCAGUGGUGGCUCGUCUUCGGGAGAGGGUGCACUUGUUGCAUUUGGUGGAAGUGUUAUUGGUCUUGGUUCCGAUAUUGGUGGCUCGAUUAGAGCCCCCGCUGCAUAUUCUGGGUGUCAUGGUUUCAGACCAACAACUAGAAGAAUUUCGUUAAUGGGAGGUGCAUCUGCUCUUGGUGGGCAAGAAUCUGUACCUGCUGUAGCUGGACCAUUUGCUAGAACUGUUGAUGAUAUUGAUCUUUGGAUGAAACAUUAUAUUAACGACGGUAAGCCAUGGGACUAUGAUACCUGGUCAAUUCCCAUGCCUUGGAGGGAAGUUACAAAGCCAAACGCCAAAGAUAUCACCAUUGCAGUGAUUAGAGAUGACGGAUUGGUGAGACCAUCUCCACCAAUCAGACGUGGAUUAAAUGAAGUUGUCUCCAAAUUGAAGGCUGCUGGAGUAAACGUUAUUGAAUUUACUCCACCCAAUACAAAAUUGGCGUAUGAAACUAUCAACAAUAUGUAUACAUGUGAUGGUAACUAUAAGCAGCGUGAAAUGUUGGCUGAAAGUGGGGAACCAUUGACCAAAUUGACUAAAUGGAAUUUGAAUUUCGGUCAAGGCUCAAAACAUUACACUGUUUAUGAAAAUAGAUCGUUGAACGUUAUUAGAGAUGAGUUGAGAACUGAGUAUAACGACUAUAUGGUUAAGAAUAAAGUUGACUUUAUCUUAUCGCCUGCUUACAACAACGUUGCACCACAUUCAGAAGAGGUGUACAACUGGUCAUACACGGCAUUGUUUAACAUCUUGGACUUGCCAACAUUGGCUUUCCAAACAGGGUUGAGACAAGACCCAGAGUUGGAUGUAUGGACAGAAGAAGACAAGAAGCACGUGUAUAGAUCAGAUUUGGAACAAUUAGAAAAUGAAAACUACAAGCCAGAUGAGUUCAAGGGUGCACCAAUUGCUUUGCAAUUGAGUGCAAGAAGAUACUUUGAUGAAGAAGUUAUAGGUGCUGGUAAAUUGAUUGUUGACGAUAUUUUGAAAGUCGACUUGCUUAAACAGUAA